GUUCCAUGAUAAGAAUAGUAUCUGAUGUAACCCCUACCCAUCCUACGACUGUGUCAUCGGGAACAUUGGCCAGACAAACCAAUGGGAGGAAAUGGCAACUAUGCCUGCUAACCAUCUUAGUGGAACCACAAUACACUUGAACAAGACAGACAGACGGAACUGUAGUGAUUAACCAAACCACGUGAUUCCAAUAGGCAGACGAUAAAUGCGCCAGCACGCGUCGGUUCAAGUAGUUUGCGAUCAAAACUUACUACUGAUAGGUUAUAAACAUAGUUAAGGGAAGGAGAACAGCAUUGUAAAUUUUACACUAGGAGCCUUGUGUUUCACCUACUGGCUUUAAAAAUGCCAGCGAAUAAUUUAAUAGUCGUUACUCCAGACAGGGAAAUAGCUUCAGCGCCUCACUCGAGAUGCAGCUCUUUCAGGAAUCGUCCAAGACCAAGGAAUUUGGAAAUUACUUUGGCCCGACAGAGAACCAACAGUAUGCCCAAUUGCCAAGUUCAUCUUCAGGUGCCAGGUGGAAUUGAUUUUGGAGGAGAAGAAUCCAAAUUAUGUCGCGUUCGAUCUUUCAAAACCACGUCAAAGGGUGUUAUAAAUCGGGGAGACUCAUUUAAAAAAAGUAACCAGAGUUUGAGAUCCACGGGCAGUGCUCGGGGAGAGAACGAUAAGAGGGUUCGUAGCCCCAGUGAAACAUCGGACCAUAGUGGUACCCACAGUAACACGAGUUCAUCAGCAAUAAGUUAUUUUAAGGUUGCCAUAAUUGGAGGAUCGGACACUGGUAAAACCGCUUUAACCCAACAACUUCUGACAUCAGAGUCGAUGGGAUACGAAGUCACAACACCCGAAUCAGAAGAACAUGAAACAUCCGUAUCAGUAUUACUAGAUGGUGAAGAAUCCAUGAUGGAAUUUAUUGACGACCCAAAGUUUGCCGAGUAUUUAGAGAUAAGAGCAGAUGCAUUUAUUAUUUUGUUUUCCAUCAUCGACCACCCUUCCUUUGUAGCUGCGACUAAUCUUAUCCGCCAUCUUCGUGUUACCAUAGGAACAGAUCGAGUUAUUAUGUUGGUGGCCAAUAAAACAGAUCUUGUCAGACAACGGAAGGUGACAGCCAAUGAAGCCCGCAUAGUCGCCAUGAAGUACGACUGUAAAUACCUAGAGAUAUCUGCCGCCCUCAACCACCACGUGGACGAGCUAUUAGUGGGAUGUCUAAGUCAAAUCCGUAUGAAAUUAAGUCUUCCAAACAAUUCAGCCCAGAGUCCGUCGCACAGUGGUAACAAAAAGAAAGCAUCUUCAUCAAGAAAAGCCCUAACAUUUCUCAGCAGAUUGUUCAAACGUCAUGGUCGAAAGACAAUGUCUUGUGACAAUCUAUUUGCUUCCUAAUUCCAAGAACCAUGCCAAUUGCUCAACACCAGUUAUCACUAUGCAUUUCAUCAAACAUCAAUCAGCUUGCUUAGAAAAAUUAUACACAUACCACAUAACUAGAUUCUACAGACGCCAUACAAACCAUCUCCAAUCAGCUUUUUACCUGGAUUAAAUCUUGGAUGAUUGUCACAUACCUAUACAGCUGUUUCAUCAGCCUAUACACCUUUGUGAAUGACGCCAUCAUACUGGGUGGAUGUGGUGCGAGCCACCAACAACUCUGCUAUAUCUAUUCCUGGCACCGUGCACGUGAUGGAUUAUAAUGAUGUUGAUACUGUGAACUCUACAUUCCUGCUGAUGGCAAAUGCCAAAAGCGGCAUCAGAAUAGACAUGGUGUGUUUAAGAUUAGAUGUGCAUACGUCAUUGGGGGGCUGAUAUGAUGUCACGUGGGUCAAAUGAAAGAAAAUAUGUGGUCCUCAUUCAUAAAGAGCUUAAUUUAAUUAACACAUUAAUUAAGCUACCGCCUUUUGCUCUACAAGUUAUGUUUAUAAUCAUUUACCUCAAGGGGUUAAUCAUGUUCCCCAGUAGAAUUUCACAAGUCAUUGACUCUGGGUCAUGUUGCGCAAAUUUAGUUAACUUUUUUCCCCUCGAUUGUAUAUAAUACAUAAUAUAUCAUGUUCCAAAUAUAUACUGUUUUUAUUGAAAAAAUGCCAAAAUGUAAAUACAAUCAUUGUAUAUUAUCAAGUUUUGUAAAUAUUGUGUAUAUAUUCGUUUCAUAUUUAAUUUUUUAUAAAAAAGAUAUACUGAAAAAUACUUAUGUAGUUACUUAUGUACAAUUAUAUUUAAUUUAUCGCCCUUAAAGAGAACCGCGAGGUAUCAGUGCGUAAGACGCUGGCUCGCUAACCAGGAAUUCUAGGUUUCACUCCUGGUGUUGGUGUUUCCUUGCUAAUGGUGUAGGACGGGGGGGGGGGCGGCGUGGAAAGGAACAGUGUCUAGUCUUCGCAUGGGACAAACAACCGAGGUCCCAUGUACACAUUGACGUACACGUACACGGAAGCCCUGACAUUCAAAAUAUGCCCUAUUUCAAAAACAGAAGUUAAAUAAAACCCAUUUCAUUGCAUUUAUCGUCCUUGAAGAUUUCAUUCUGUCAACAUACAAAUAUAUUAAUGUUAUUAUAGAGUGCUGGCAUUCCAAUAAUUAUAGAAAACAAACAAGUAUCAUUAAUGAACUGAUAAUUAUAUUUUGUCAUCUAGUUAGGUUCUGGAGAUUAGCACUAAUAUGAAUUAUGCUUAAUUUAUCAUUCUUAAAGGUUCCAUUAUACCAACAUUAAUAUUAUUACAGAGUGCUGACAUUCAAAUUAUUUGUAGAUAAAACAAACAACCUAAUAGUUCUAUGGUUCCUGGCUGGAGAUAAGCACUAAUAUGCAUUUUUGGAAUAUUCUGGAACCAUGACCAAGUUUCGUUUUGUUCAUUAAUAA